AUGCGCUUUAAAAUAAUAGAUGGUUCUAUGUCUUUUGUGUGCCAGAUAGAAGGAGACAGAAGAAUAGAAACACUGUAUGAGGAAGUAGAGUCUAAAAUAGGAUCCAAGAGAUAUCUCUUCAAGGGAACUCCAAAGUGUCUGGUCGAAAAGUCUAGCAAGCUAAUUUCCGAGGUCUUUUCAGACUUGGAGUGCAUAUACGCUGAAGAGUCGUCGAAAGUAGAGGGCCCUGUUGAAACAGCAACAAACACUUUGGAGAAUAAAGAAAUGGUUUUUUCUAUUUUAGAAGUGCCAAGCGACAACUCGUGUCUGUUCCAUGCCCUGAGCGAGCUCCUCAACGCAAAGAGCAGCGGGGAGCUGCGAAAGAUGGUGGCUAAUGAGAUCCUGAAAGACCCCAAGGCUUUUAGCCCGUAUAUAGAAAAAGAGCCCUUUGAGUAUUCAACGUGGAUACUGCAGCCAAACAUAUGGGGAGGAGCACCUGAAAUAACAGUGAUUUCAAAGAUAUACGGAACAAAAGUGUGCGUGAUUGACAAAGACCUGAGGGUGUACGGGUUUGGAGAAGAGUUUCGAUCGGUUGUCUAUCUUUCGUAUUCCGGGACAUACUACAACGCAGUUAUUUCGAAAGACAGAAACGGGAACAUCACCAGAAAGUUUCCAUACGGGGACAAACUAGCUGAGUCACGCGCUAAGGCGGCUGUAAGGUCUUUUUUCAGCGGCUAA